AUCCGAAAGUGUCACGGAGAACACUGGAGGAUUCGGUGGUCGCAUCCACCCGUCAAAGUCUUCCGUUCUCGGUUUACAUUCCUCUCGAUUUCUCAUCGGUUCCAAUCUCUUCCCUCGACUCCCUUCCCAGCUUUUGCCGCUCGAAUCAGUUUUGAUUUUGCCUCUACACCGAUGGCCAGUGGGUUUGGGGAGUCGUCAUCCGGUAGAGCCCCGCAAAGCUCUUCUUUUGGCGGAAGCAGUAGCAACAAUGAUGCUGGUAGCUUUGAAUGCAACAUCUGCUUUGAGCUGGCCCAGGACCCUGUGGUCACCCUCUGUGGUCACCUGUUCUGCUGGCCCUGCCUUUACAAAUGGCUUCAUGGCCAUGCCCAAUCUUCCGAAUGCCCUGUCUGCAAGGCCAUCAUUGAAGAAGAGAAGUUAGUCCCCCUAUAUGGCCGGGGGAAGAAUGCUACGGAUCCACGGUCCAAAUCCACACCUGGUAUGAACAUUCCCAACCGCCCAGCUGGGCAGAGGCCAGCGACGGCACCCCCGCCAGACCCGAACAAUUUUCACCAUGCAAACCCAUGGUUCAUGGGUGGAGCCCCUGUGGCUGGUACUAGGUUCGGGAACUACACAUUUUCUGCUGCUAUCGGUGGCUUGUUCCCACUUUUGAGCUUUCAGGUCCAUGGAUUCCCGGAUGCUACUACUUAUGGUCAUGGUGCCGGCUUCCCCUAUGGGUAUGGCAAUGCAUUUCAUGGUGGGCAUGCUCAUGGAUUCCCACGGCAUGUGCAUCAGGGACAGCAGGUCGAUAUGUAUCUGAAGGCACUAUUACUUCUCAUCGGUGCUCUGGUAAUCGCCAGCCUUGUUUGGUUUUAGAAAGUUUGUAAUAGUCGUCUUGCUGAAUGCUGAUAUUGUUGAAAACCUGAAAGAAUUAUAUUUCACACAAAAAGGGUGUUUGCAUUUGUAGAAAUGCAAUUCAGAAUGUUAGUUGGUGGCUACUUUCGCAUUGAAUUGUUAAUAAAAUGUUGCAUUGAUGCAGUCUGUUGACCGCAAUGCAAUAAUUGGUCAUGUACUGAUGGAUUGACUUCCAUGGGAUAGCAUUCAAAAUAUGUAUCCACUCUAAUGGUCAAGUUUAAUUUUCUUUCCUG